CACGCAGGGGCACGCAGGCAAGUCUGAACAUAUCGAAGCGGGUUGGUGUUUAUCAGCCUGGGACCCCCCUCCCCAUGUGAAAGGAGCUGCCGAACAACGGUCGUAACUCACCUCCUCUCUUUCCUUCAAUGGUAUCGCCCCAUCUUCCAAAACUAUAAAAAAUUCACUGACCCAGGAGACCUGUCUAUUGCUGCCAUACAGGUUGGAAGAGUAGCGAGCUUGAAUUCAUUAUUGCUCAUUGAAUUCAUUAUAUUCUAAGCAGCAUAAAAGGAAAACGAGUUAGCUAGACAUGAUGGCUGAUAUCGAGGAACUUACAAGAGCAGCAGCCAGCGGGGACAGCAACAGGGUGAGACAACUGUUGGAAGCUGGAGUAGACCCCAAUGGUGUCAAUAACUUUGGCAGAACUGCUAUACAGGUGAUGAAAAUGGGCUGUCCGGAUAUUUGCCGGUUCCUGCUGCGGAGCGGAGCAAACCCGAACUUGCAGGAUCGGCACGGCAUCGCGCUCAUCCACGAUCUCGCUCGCGAAGGUCAUCUGGAUACGUUGAGCGUCCUGGUAGAAGAAGGAAACGCUGAUAUCAAUCUCCGAGACCGCAACAAUAAAACAGCUAAAGACUUGGCGGAGGAAAAUAACUAUCCUAACGUAGUGAGCUAUCUGGUUCGGCGACACCAGGCUACUUAAGUAGGUGUCUAACGGCGUACCAUCUUUGCUAUGCUAGUUCAGAUUUACAGUAAAAGUUCACUGCAAAAAUUGUAAACGUCGCAAUGUCAACAUUCCAAACAAAAUGCUGCAAAUAUAUACAUAAAAGGUUAGUUUAUUAACAAUAUUGAAUAAACUUUCAAAUAUAAUUUGGAAAUGUGUUUAUAAAUCAAUUAUUAACAUUAACAUAUCGCUCUAGCUCGUGAUAUCCA